AAUGAGUGACGAAUGUGAACAUAUAUAGUGAGUCAAGAACAGUCUGGUGCUUCUGACUCGCAACCUUUCUUAUUAAAAGAAGCUGCUAAUCAGAAUGCUCUGGAUAGCUGGCCAAUCAGAGCACACCUUGCUUUUUUUUGUUAAAAUCACAGUGUAACAAUGUACAGUGUGUGUAUUAUAUCAUGGGUUAAACUUAGGUAUUCAGAAAGUGCAAUAAUAAUAAUAAUAACAAGAGCUUUAUUAAAUGCAUUAAGACGUUUUAAGGCUCAUUCCCGAUGAACUGACUUUUAAUAGCUUCCAGAGAGCACCGGCUAUGGCUUACGAUUCAUGGAUUUUGAGCUGGUUUGUGAUUCACCGCGAUUUGCAUUUCCGUUCCAGAUUAAUGAGAGAAGGAAGGAAACCGCUUGGGUUCCACCUUUCCCUGACUGUGAAUGUGUUCAUCAAAGCCUGUCAGAGUCUCCUCAGUGAAGAAGGAGUGGCUCCGCUCAGGUAAAUAAGAGCCGUGAACCGGCGCUUCGGAGCCAAACACGAGACGGAGCAACACACAGGCUGCGUGCAGAAAUGUCUAGCUCUAACCCCAGCUCCGGGACGUCAGCUGCUUCAGAAAAACUUCUGAUGGUGCGUUCGGUCGAUCUCCUGAAGUCUAAGGAUGGCCCGAACCGCCUCGAGCAUCACACGGACGCUUACUUCAGCGACAAGCUGAUCGUCCGCAGGGGGCAGACGUUCCAGAUGUGGAUCGAGUUCUCCAGACCCUUCAACCCCAAAUCAGACCGACUGCAGCUGCAGAUGAAGUUAGAUUCCAUCUUCACCAGCAGUCCCGGGAUUCGCAUCUCUGUCCCGUUAGUGGACGUCCUGGAAGACGGCCGCUGGGAGAUGAAGGUGGUGGAGCGGAAAGACAAUCGCGUGCGGCUGAAGGUCAACACUCUUCCCUCCGCCUCCAUCGGCCGAUACAGGCUGACCGUGGAGACUAUCUCACCGAAGGCCAGACUGCUGUUCCCCUGCACCCCGAACGAUGUCUACAUGCUCUUCAACCCCUGGUGUGAAGAUGACCCUGUGUAUCUGGACGAUGAAGCGGAAAGGAAAGAGUAUGUUCUGAAUAACAUGGGCAGAAUUUACUACGGAACCGAGCAACAAAUUGGAGGCAGAACAUGGAAUUUUGCCCAGUUUGAACAGGACAUACUGGAUGCGUGUCUGUUUCUGUUGGAGAGGGGUCAGGUGGCUAUGACCGAAUGGAGAGAUCCGGUGAUCGUGUCCAGGAUGGUAUCUGCUCUGGUAAACUCCAACGAUGACCGUGGUGUGCUGAUGGGUAAUUGGUCGGACAGCUUUGAAGGCGGGACGAGUCCCACUGCCUGGAGCGGGAGCGGAGACAUCUUGAGACAGUUUUACAAAAGCUCAGGGAAGCCUGUCAAAUACGGCCAGUGCUGGGUCUAUGCAGGAGUCACCACAUCUGUGUUAAGAUGUCUUGGUAUUCCCACCCGCUGUGUGACUAACUUCAGCUCUGCUCAUGACACGGACCUUUCCUUGACCACAGACAUUUAUCUUGAUGAGAAACUAGAGCUCAUCAAAGACGAGAGCAGUGAUUCUGUCUGGAACUUCCACGUGUGGAACGAGUCCUGGAUGACCCGUCCGGAUCUCCCGGCGGGUAACGGUGGGUGGCAGGUGGUGGACGCGACCCCUCAGGAGCUCAGUCAGGGGUCGUACCGCUGCGGUCCCACUCCGGUCUCCGCCGUCCGCAACGGACAAGUCGACCUGAAAUUUGACACUCCUUUCGUCUUUGCCGAAGUGAACAGUGACCGGAUCUACUGGCAGAAGAAACCUGAUGGAAGUGUGAGUCAGGUUCAUGUAGAGAAGAGCACCAUCGGUCAGCGCAUCAGUACUAAAGCUGUGGGAUCUGACGCCCGCGUGGACAUCACACACCUCUACAAACACCCAGAAGGUUCGGAGGAGGAGCGCAUAGCUGUGGAAACAGCCAGUCGUUUCGGCUCCAAGCCGACCAUUUAUCCGCCGCCCAUCGAGAACGACGUGAGCAUUGAGGUCGUCAUGGACGGGGAAGGACCUCGUAUCGGUGGAGACGCCAAACUCUCCAUCGUCCUGAAGAACACAGGCUCGAAGCAGCGCACGGCCGGUCUGCUGUAUGAGGUGAUGGUCAUGUACUACACUGGAGUGCUGAAAGACACCGUGAAGAAGGACCGGAUUCCUGUUGACCUUAAACCACAAGAGACCAAGACUAUUCCUUGGACUCUGAAGUAUAAGGAGUACAUGAAUCAUCUGGUGGACCAAGGUGCUCUGAUGCUCACGGUCACCGGACGGGUCAAUCAGACCAAACAGAUUGUGGCCACACAGUUCAACUUCAGACUGCGUACACCAGACCUCGUCCUCACUCCUCUGGAGGACGCUGUGGUGGGUAAAGAGCUGGCCGUCAAGAUCUCGUUCCAGAACCCGCUGACACAAGUACUGAAGAACGUUUUGUUCCAUUUGGAGGGAUUGGGAAUGCCGAGCGUCAGACAGAUCGAACAUGGUGAUGUGGGGAAGCUUGAGACGGUUACCCUGGUGGAGAAGUUUGUUCCUACGGUCUCCGGCUCUCAGAAGCUCCUGGCAUCGAUGGACUGUCGCCUGCUCACUCAGGUGCAUGGAUUCGCUGACAUUGUGGUGAAACCAGAGUAAAAAACACUUUCAGUGUAAAUCCUCCUAAAGCCCUCUGUUUACUUAUAGGAAUGCUAACUUUAAUGCACUAAUUUAUACGAAGGUGAUGCAAGUCGACAAUAAAGAUACUUCUUGUUCAUA